AUGGAUCUGCUCAGGGGCCAGGCGUCCUGCUUGGGGGCGCCCUGGACCCCAAUUUACCAACAAGCCGUGGACUUCGAGGCCUCGCAUUUCGAAACGGCCAUGUCCCAUUUGGUGAGAGAACCCAAUAUCAACUCCACAGUGAUCAUGCGGGCCGACAUUCUCCAAAAAACCACAUAUACGGAAGAUGGCCAAGUGCACGAGUCGGAAGUUUUCACGCCUGAGCUCCCGAGCUUCGCAAAAGUGGAAACCCCAACGUCAGAAAAUGCUUCGGAGCAACCACAACAUUUUUUGCAUCGAGAUCUCUCGGACAUCAAGCUUCGAGAGGUCCCGCUUCUGAGCUCUCUGGUUGAAUUGCUUCCCUCCAGUGCUUUCAUCCGCCGCGUCAUACCCAGGAACCCAUACAAGGAUCAUGUGAUCAACCAGACAUGCGCCAUCUUGAAAGGCCCGGACUCCGUAUUGGUUGUCUACAUCCCUCACAUCAGCAACCAAGACGAAACCCCCUUCUAUCUCCCUCCUGUCCAAGCUGUGGGCAUUCUAUAUCACAAGCAUAAACUCUCAAUCCACUACAUUGCUUUUGGCGCGUCCCUGGACAUUGAGAAAAUGGACGGUGCUGAACGUCCCAUCCGCAUAGCUCUCCGCCUUCUCCAAACGCUGGCGAAACACUCGAUGGGAGCCAAGCUGGGAUACGAGAAGCGGGUGACGCACGACGUGGUGGUGCCUCGGAUUGCAUUCCAAAACAGAUACAUUGCAUUGAAAAAGAAGUAUUCCGGUGACUUGGUCGCAAACUGGGUUGAGUCAACGGACCCCAAGAAGCAUGUUUUUGAGGACUUGGCUGUGGCUGCCUUCUUGAUUGAAUUGUGGAAUGCUCGUUACAAGGACAAGCAGUUUGAGUUCCGGGACUUGGGCUGCGGCAAUGGUCUUCUCGUGCAUAUAUUGAUCAUGGAAGGCUUCAAGGGUAAGGGAAUCGAUGCGCGGGCCAGGAAAAGCUGGAAGACUUAUCCCAGCAAAGUGCAAAAAUGUCUUUUGGAGCAGAUUAUCAUCCCCAGUGUGUUGCUCAAGCCGCACCCCGCCAUGGCCCGAAUGGCUCCCUACAUGACCAACAAUGGAAGACUCUUUCAAGUACCAGAGACGCAUCUGAGCGAUCCCAAUACCGUUCCCUUGAUGAAAUACUACUCUGCAGAAAACCUCUUGGCUCUGUCGAUGGUCUGCACAACCGAGGAGUUCCCACCAGAGACAUUCAUCAUCGGGAAUCAUCUGGACGAGCUCACGUGCUGGAUCCCGCUUCUCAACUACCCAUUCAUGGUCAUUCCGUGCUGUUCUCACUCGCUCAACGGGGCCAAAGUGCGAUACACCCCGAGAAAACGGCCCGCGCAAAACUUAUCGAUGUAUGGGGCGUUGGUGGACCACGUCGAAGACUUGGCCAACCUCAUGGGCUGGGAUUCAGAAAAGGAGAUCUUGCGGAUCCCGAGCACCAGGAAUGCGGCGGUGAUUGGCAUGGAGAAGAAGCCGUACUUGAAAGAAGAACACAUCGACGCCACGGAAAUGAGGGUGUUGGAUAUUGUUGCUGCCGAGGGUGGUGCCGAGGGCUGGGUGGAGAACCUGAUGCUUUUGAUGAGCAAGAGCCCGAAGAACCACUGAGCUGGGGACUCUACGGAGGUUUUAGAAAGCAACGUUUAAGUAGGCGUAAAUUAAUGGGCUUGCUCGUUUAGUGACUAGUGCUCAAAAUGAGCCAUAAUCAGGGACUUUGUGGGAGAUUUGAAGUUGUCGGAGACGGUUUGCAUUCGUCAGAAGCUGCUAGAUGAGAAAACUCUUUCAUUCCGCCGUAUCUUGGUAAGAUCGGGUGUCGGGAGCUUCAGGAAUGGAACCAAAAGCAUGAAAAGUACGUGAGUGGCUCGAUUUGCUACAAAGAACGCUUGAUUGAACUAAAUAUUUGCGAAGAAAAGUGCUUUACU